UUUUAAAAUUAUUUACAAUUUAUUUUCCAAGUGUUUUAAAAGAAAAUAUCAGAUCUUUCAUUUGUAUCGGAAGAUCUUAAAAAACCGUUUCGAAAAUGGUCGAAAAUUUUCAAGUUGGGAAGGAAUAUCCAGCAGAUCAGCUACAAUUCCAUAAAGAUUUGGAUGCCUAUGAACAGCAGACAAAACACAAGUUCUUCUCAUACGACACGAGAACUAUGUCUGCUGUUCAGAAAAGGUACAGUAAAAAAAUGGAAAAUUCGAGUUGGCAGCUUUACGAAGCGAACUUUCGCUGUAUAAGGGGGAAAAAAAAACAUUCACCUCAGGAUAAGAAUGUAAAAUACUGUCCAGUAGAAUUAAUAAUCCGAAUGAACAGCGAAAGAAAUGCGUUCGUCGUGAAGAAGUGGAAACACCAGCAUAACCACGGUCUUUCAAAGAUAAAAGAGCGCAAGAAAUCAUGGGAAGAAAAGUUCAUGGAAAGAAUGAGUGAGAAAAAGAAAGAAAGAACAGGAAAAAAAAAAAAAAAGACACUAGAAGAAAGUAUAGUAGAUGAAUACUUAAAAGUCUUAUCAGAAUACAUAAUUAAUAAUCCGAAUAACUUGCAAGAAAAAUUAAAUUUAAUAAAACUUAGUGGAGAAAAGAUAGCUGAAAUAGAUGGGAAGAAAGAUCAGAUAAUAUUCCCAAGGGUAGACUCUAGUGGAGAUGAGGAAGAAAAUUUGUCAGGAACAGAAAAUGAAGAAAGCACGAACGAAGAAGAGGAAAUAGAAGUAAAUGUCACAGAAAAUAUAACGGCACCAGGUAAACAAAAUAAUAGUGAAGCAGAGAAGUUAACAAGAAGAGACAAGAAAAAAAAUGAAGAAGGAAAGAAAGAAGAAAAAAAGAGAAAGCACAAGCAAAUUAAAGAAGUAUCAAUUUCGAAAAAGAAAGAACUUCAGGAAAAAAAUAAAAGACAAAAAAAAGAAAAAGAAAAAGAUGAAAAUAAAGAGAACCAGACAAUAAAUGAAAGAAUGGAAACAAUCUUCAAUGGAGAAAACAAAGAGGAUACACCGAACAAGACUGAUGAAAGUAUAACGGCACCGGUGGAACAAAAUUAUAAUAAAGGCGAAUGGAUAGAAAAAAAAAAAGAGGAAAAAAAUGAAAAGAAGAAGAAGCUAACUGUACCAGAAGAAGAACCUAUUGCAGAAAUUAAGAAAGUGAGAGAUGAAGAUAUAGAAGCGAAAAAAAGAGCUAAGGAAACGGGCCAAAAUGAUAAUUUAUCAAACGCAGAAAUAAUGUACCACGAAAAUACAAAGAGUGACCUAAGUGUUACGGAAAAUCAGAUAACGGUGGAAAAUCUAGUGCAGAUAUUGAUAAAGGAAGAAGUAUGGAAGGAGUGGAAAAAAGGAUACGUGAUCAAGUUGGAAGAUUUAAAAGAAAUAAAUGAUGAAAUAAAAAAUUACUUGAGAGAGAAUGUAAUAGUGGCCGAAGAAUUAGAAAAAAUGGUAACGACAGAAGUUCUACAAUCAAUCUAUUAUGCGAUACAUAAUGGCGCAGUUUAAAAAUAGAAAGAGUGAUGAUUUAUAUAAAAUGUAAC